AUGGUCUUACUCAUGGGUGAUCAAGUAAUUCGUAUAGUGUUAGGUCGAUUUGCUGGACAACAUAUAACUAAACGUUAUCUAUCGCUAAUCAACAUUGUUGAUCCACAUUUUUUCAAUUUGGAAAAGGAAAAGGCUUUGGAAGAAAAGGAGGAAAGAAAAUUCAGCAAACUCGAAGAUCAUUCUUAUGGCUCUAGUAACCCUGAUUUCAAGCGACCACAAUAUUCAUUGGCUAUUGCUCAUACAUUAGCAGUAGCAAGUAAAUUAGUUUAUGAAGAUGUAACAGUGGUCAAAUACGAGUUGGCCUUAGCAGGGUACGAUGUUGAGCAUUCCUUUAAGGCUAUGGGCUAUAAGAAUGUUUGUGCUUAUGUCGUCGAAAAAGAUAAUGAUGUCAUCUUAGUUUUUAGAGGGUAUACCAAUCCACUCAACAUCCAAAAUUAUGUCACCAACAUUGAUGCUGGCCUCACAAAAGUCGAAUCAGCAAAGGGGGAUUAUAUGGGCCGAGUGCAUAAAGGAUUCUGGGAUGCAAUGGGCACAACAAUAGAACCGCCCGAUAAGGCAUUGGAAACUUCAACAAGCAGCGGUUCCAUCAUCAAAAUCGAUUUGAGUCAUGCGUCCUUAUUGAAAUCUGUAUCAACAGCUGUUAUUGGUAUAUUACGCGUUAUGAAGGCACUUACGUUCAACGUGUUUACUAAUGUGAUCGACCCUAUUGAUUCAAGCUGGGCUGGCCAUAACGCUUUAAUUGUUCGUCAUCAAAGUAUGUACUCUCAAGCUGAAAAGUUUAUACUGGACAUCUUCUCGAAGAAGGAUAUUGUAUCUGAUAGGACAAAGGAAAAGCGCUUACUCAUUACUGGACAUUCUUUAGGAGGCGCGCUUGCAACAGUUUUUUUGGCCAAAAUGAUACAGAAAGAUAGUCCACUAUUAAGGAAUUUUGCUGGAUUAUAUACUUACGGCCAACCUAACAUUGGAGACAGGCAUUUCAGUAGAUCUUUCAAUAUCAUACCUAGAAUUCCUCCAUGGUAUAGUCCACCGCCUGGGACACUCGUCUUUCUUGAUUCAACCUACAAGAUUUCAAUUUACCCUCCUAACCAAAUCACUCAGGAGCCUGUGCGUGUCCGAAAGAUUUCCUUCUUACAUUUAUCGGGUUUAUUGAACAAAAAUAUCAUUUGCCGACUUAAAACAGAAACACCUUUACGUGUCGUUUUCCGUAUCCUUUUGCCCUUUAUUCUGAAUGAUCACUUCCCCUCUGAUUACUGCCGAGCUUUAUUAUCUGGUAAUGUAGAAUGGAUCAUUGUCGGCGAGAAGGAGGGGGGCUAUGUGAAUGAAGAAGAAGAACAACAGUUUAGUGACGAGGACCUCCAACAAAAGCAUCUACAAAAGCAUGGACCCUCAAAAUUAGCAACAACAAUGAAAUAA